AUGGCUUCAAAGAUUAAGAUCUCUGGAAUGCUUUUGAUGGCCCUGGCUAUUGUGGGUGUGUUAGUUCUUGCAGAGUGCAGAAGUUUUGGGGAAACUAUAUACGAGAAUGAUAAUUUGGGUGGCGGUGGAGGACUUGGCGGUGGCGGUGGUUUUGGAAAAGGUGGUGGCGCUGGAAUUGGUGGCGGUGGAGGAGCUGGUGGUGGUGUAGGUGGAGGCGGUGGUGCUGGUGCCGGAGGAGGUAUUGGUGGAGGUGUAGGAGGAGGUGCUGGUGCCGGAGGAGGUAUUGGUGGAGGAGCUGGCGGCGGUAAAGGUGGAGGAGCUGGCGGCGGUAAAGGUGGAGGAGCUGGUGGUGGUAUAGGAGGAGGUGCUGGUGCUGGAGGGGGUGCUGGUGGAGGAGUAGGUGGUGGUGUAGGAGGAGGUGGUGGUGCUGGAGGAGGUAUUGGUGGAGGAGCUGGCGGUGGUAAAGGUGGAGGAGUUGGUGGUGGUAUAGGAGGAGGUGGUGGAGGAGCUGGCGGUGGUAAAGGUGGAGGAGUUGGUGGUGGUAUAGGAGGAGGUGCUGGUGCUGGAGGAGGUAUUGGUGGAGGUGCUGGUGGAGGUAAAGGAGGAGGAACAGGUGGUGGUGCUGGGGGUGGUGUAGGAGGAGGUGCUGGUGGCGGUGUGGGAGGAGGAGUAGGUGGAAGUGGAGGUGCUGGAGGAGGUAUUGAUGGUGGUGCUGGUAAAGGUGGAGGAGCUGGUGGUGGUGUAGGAGGAGGUGCUGGUGGUGGUGUGGGUGGAGGAGCUGGCGGUGGUAAAGGUGGAGGUUUUGGAGGAGGAGUAGGUGGGGGAGUUGGAGGAGGUGGUGGAGCAGGUGGAGGUGCUGGUGGUGGUGCAGGUGGAGGCCAUGGAGGAGGUGUUGGUGGUGGCAUAGGAGGAGGUGCUGGUGGGGGUGUUGGUGGUGGCGGUGGAGGAGGAUUCUAA